GUGAUGACUUGUACGGACGUAAGGUGAUUGUGUUCUCCGCUUGCAAGCUGCCGUCCAACAAGACAUUUGAUCACCAAAGGCUACUACAAUACAUCAGGCAUACAUUGGAUAAAUACGUUGAACAGGAUUACGUGCUGGUAUACUUUCAUCAUGGGCUACAUAAGGGAAACAAACCCAAACUCUCUUGGUUGCUGCAGGCGUACAGGGAGUUUGACAGGAAGUACAAAAAGAACCUCAAAAUGUUGUACCUUGUUCAUCCAACCAACUUCAUCAAAAUUCUGUGGAAAAUAUUCCGGCCUUUAAUUAGUGUCAAGUUUGGCCAAAAGAUGAUGUACGUCAACUAUCUUGUGGAGCUAAAGAAUUAUCUCCCCCUUGAGCAGCUCUUGAUUCCAGACCCGGUCUUACAGUUCGAUGCCCAGAAGUCUGAAAGAAACAGAGUCUCCUACCCCUAUGAUGGAUCUGAUGGCAAAGCUCCGAAAAAGGCCCAACAGUUUGGCCUGUCUCUGCAUGACAUCAAGAAUAACACAGGCAGGAUUAUACCCCUUCCAGUGGAGGAGACAGUGGAGUAUCUCAAGGCAGUUGGAGGUGAUGAAGUGGAAGGUCUGUUUAGGCGAUGUGCAAGGGUUUCUACCAUGAGAGAAGUACAGGAGAGAUACGAUGAUGGUGAGAGAAUAGAUUUCCAAGUCUAUAGUGACCCACACCUGGCAGCAGCCAUCCUGAAAAAGUUCUUACGUGAACUCCAGGAACCACUGAUGACGUACGACUUGUUUGAACCCAUCACCAGGCUACAUUACAUGGAUUCUAGCAAACAACUCUCCGAGGUUCAGCGUAUUUUACAAGACGAGCUGCCAGAGGACAACUAUAUCAUCCUGAAAUAUGUUUUUCAGUUCUUACGACAGGUGGUGAGCAAGGCAGAUGUGAACCACAUGACAGCAGAGAACAUUGCCACCGUGUUUGGCCCCAACAUUGCAUGGCCGAAGGGACAGACCAACCUGGCAGCCGUGGAGCAGGCUGUGAAGUUUUCUCUCAUCCUGGUGCAGAACUUUGACGAUGUCUUCCUCAGGUGA